AUGGCCAGACUAUACUGUGUGGUAAUGGUCCUACUGCUGCUGGCAGAGGUCGCCAGGUUUGGAGAAGGGGCAUCGAAUCCUGGGUUGGUGGCCAGGAUCACCAGAAAAGGCCUGACAUAUGUCCACGAACGUGUAGCAGCCGCCCUGCAGAAGGAGCUGUCGGCCAUCGAGGUCCCUGAUUUCUUAGGAAGCUUCCAAGUCGGUUGGUUUGGAAGAGUGAGCUACGAGUCUAACGGCCUGAGGAUCCAGAGCUUGGAGCUCAGGAACUCGGAUCUCAGUCUUCGCCCAGGGCGGGGUGUCCGCGCCUCCCUCUUCAAUAACUACGUGUCGGUCAGCGGGAACUGGAAGGUGACGACGGCUUUCGUCAUCCUAAAUGGUACUUUUGGUCUGAGUGUGGAUGGCAUUUCCAUCUCAGUUUCCUUGAACUUGGGCAAGGACCCGUCUGGACGACCCACUGCCUCUGUGGCCCACUGUGACAGCUCCAUUGAUGGCAUCGACAUUAACAUCUCUGGACCCCUAAGCCGGAUCCAGAACUUCUUCCAUGGAAUGAUGGAAAUCUAUUUCAAAAAUAUCUUGGAACAAAAGAUCUGUGAAAUGGUGAGGAUGUCGACGACCUCACGCCUGGAGCCCUACCUCCGAACUCUGCCAGUCACCUCGAUGAUUGACCAGGUAGCUGGCAUUGACUACAGCUUAGUAGGAGCUCCCCAGGUGACCUCCCAAUGCCUGGACACACCCUUCAAGGGUGAGUUCUUUGGCCGAAGCUGGCACUCUCCAGUCCCCUUCGAUGCUCCGCCCAUCAGGCUGCCCCAGGAGCAUGACCGCAUGAUCUACUUUGCAGUCUCUGAUUUCGUCUUCAACACGGCCAGUAGGGUUUACCACCAGGCUGGGCGCAUGAAGUUCAUCAUCCAAAAUGAGCACCUGAAGAGCCUGACAAAGCUGGCCAACAAUGAGUCAGCUAAAAAGUGGCGGAAGCAGUACUUGAACUCAAGCUGUCAGACCUCAAAGUCCACAUCCCUGACUGCUACUGUGUCCUGCUUCGCGAGUAGCUUCCUACUUCUCCUGCUGCAGAUCCCCCUGGCCUCUUCCAUCGCCCUGAACACCAACUCAUUCCGGGCCCUGAUUCCUCAGCUGGCCAAGUUGUACCCAAAUAUGCAGCUAGAGUUUGAGACAUCACCUGAAUCAGCUCCUUUCCUGAUGUUCACCCCUGGAAAUGUGACCCUCUUGCCUGUGAUGGACAUCCAGACCUUCGCCCUUCCACCCAACUCCUCCGACCGCAAGCCACUCUUCCAGCUCAGGGUGAGAACCAGCAUCUCUGCCACCAUCGGUGUGACCUCCAGCAGGAUUAUUGCUUCACUGACCUCAGUAAGUAGGCUGACACUGGAACUGAAACACUCCAACGUCGGUUUCGUCAAUGUGCAGUCGAUGGAAACCAUCCUCAAUUACUACGCGUUCCACAUCCUCUACCCCUCUCUCAACGCAAAGCUUGAAGAGGGAUUCCCGCUCCCUCUGUCAAAGGACACAUCCCUCAACGACUUGGAGCUCCAAAUCCACACGGUCAGUGGGAAGGGGCGUCUGGGUGGGGAGUUCUAAGACCUCCCGGGAGGGCUGCUUUAGGGCUGGUGGAUACUAGGGGGAGCCCCUGACUCCCACUUACAUCCUGGACAUAAUUUUUAUAGAAAAAAAUAUUUUUUGAAAAUUUUCAAGUGUAAAUGGCAGGUUUUGAUUAUCUGGAAUCUUGGCUUCAUGUAGAAUAGCUCAGUUCCCAAGAUUCAGUUCAAACAUGGUAACUGAGCAUCUACAAUGUGCACGGCCCUUUAGCCGUGUAUGACAGGAGGGGAGCGUGCAAAGGGGUCAGAUUAGAUGCAUCACUGCUGGGUUGAUGAGGGGCCACUUGAACAAGCCUAGAAUCUCCUCAGUGGUGUGAGAGGCCCCCCUGGGCCACCAGCGAGGCUUCCCACCCACAGUAGCAAGGGAUGGUCCUGGGGAAAACUGACCAUGCCUUCUAGCGGAACAAACUUAUCAGGGGCGACACAGACAAUCAUAGUGCACGCUAUGAUAUAAAUCCAGAGGGACUAGUUUGCCAGUGUCUUCAUUGUUCAUAAUAUGUUCUUACUCUAAAGUAAUCUGGAACUAAAGCCUCAUAAAAUAAUUAUGUCAGAGGAGUAAACUAGGCAGCAUCCAGGUGUGCACUGUCCUCCUGGGAGAAAAAAAUUUUGGAGGAGGAAAGUGACAUCUAUGGAUGUCUUCCAGAAAUCAGAAGAUCUGGAAAUGCGGAUAAAUUCCUGGGGGUAGGCAGCUGAGAGGGACAGUACUUUACAAAGGCCUCCAAGACCUAAGGGUUGGUGUUUGCAAUGACUUGGUUUUUGGUUCGAGUGAAAACUUGUCUCUCCCAGUAAAUGGUGAAAAGGGUUCCCUUUCAGGAAGCUCCUAUUCUGUUCAGGUCAGAAAAAUGAUCUUUCUUGUGUGUCCUUUAUGCCUUUUCUCCCAGAACUUCCUGCUCUUGGGGGCCAACAUCAACGAGGCUGAAGACUGAGGAGGAGCAACUGUGGCUGGAGGAGGAGCUGACGCCAGAGCUGGACCGGCCCCCACCCCUGUGCAGGUCCAGAGGCUGCAGCCAUUCUGCCUCCUC